AUGCCGUCGCGCACGGAAGAUGACCCGGUGCAACAUCCGUAUCGCGAUGGAGACGAAGCAGAUACCGAACUCCCAGACUCGGACGACGACGCCGGAGAGGAUGCGACUUUGUUAGCACACCCCGAUGGCGCUAUUCCAGAGGUCGAAGCCGCCGACACCCAGUCGCUCCCCAGCCCCGCGCCGCAGAGCCAGGAACCGUUGGUCAAGCCGCCCGAGAAGCCCAAGCCCGUGGCGUGGCGCGAUUUACCGCAGAAGCAGCAGUUAUUGGUCAUUACGCUCACGAGGUUGAGUGAACCUCUUGUGCAGACGUCGCUUCAGUCAUACAUGUUUUACCAACUCAAAUGGUUUGACCCAAGCCUUCCGGACUCGGUCAUCUCAAGCCAGGCCGGUGUCUUGCACGCCUCCUUCACGGCGGCGCAAUUCAUUACGGCCAUGGUGUGGGGCCGUCUUGCAGAUUCGAAGCGCUUCGGCCGCAAGACGGUGUUGAUGAUUGGCCUGCUCGGCACUUGCCUCUCGUGCAUUGGCUUUGGUUUCUCCAGGAGCUUCGCGCAGGCGCUGUUUUUCCGGUGUAUCGGUGGUGCGACGAAUGGUAAUGUCGGUGUAUUAAGGACGAUGAUAAGCGAAAUCGUCCGUGAAAAGAAAUACCAGGCCCGAGCUUUUAUCCUCUUGCCCAUGACCUUCAAUAUCGGCGUCAUCAUCGGCCCCAUCCUGGGAGGUAUCCUCUCCGACCCAGCGGGCAGCUACCCCUCGCUCUUCGGCGACGUGGAGUUCUUCAAAAAGUACCCAUACGCGACUCCCAACAUCCUCAGCGCCAUCUUCCUGUCGUGCGCAGCCCUCUCCGUCUGGCUCUGCCUCGACGAGACUCUUGACGCACUGCGCGAAGAGGGUCCAGACCUCGGAACCCGUAUCGGCUCCAACAUCGCAAACACCAUCCGCCGUGUGUGGGCUAGACUCCGCCACGGCCGCCGUGGUGCCAUUCGUUUGGACGAUACCUCGUACGCGCAGAUCCAUUCUAGUUCCGCGAGCAGCACCGACGUCGAGAUGUCUCCGGAGAACGCUCCCCAGCCGAAACCGAAACCCAGGCCCAGGUACCGACAUCGUCUACCUUUCCGGCGCCUCUUCACAAGGAACGUAAUCAUGACCUUUUCCGCGCAUUUCUUCCUGGCUUUCCACGUCGGCACGUUCAAUGCGCUAUGGUUCGUCUUCCUCUCGACGCCCACGUCAACCGAACCUCCGCAUCUACCGUUCCGGUUCACCGGCGGCCUUGGCAUGGCCCCCAAAUCCGUGGGUAUGGCCAUGGCCAUCCUCGGCGUCAUCGGCAUCACCCUCCAACUCUUCGUGUACCCGCGCCUCUCCGCGCACCUGGGCACAGUAAGAGCGUGGCGGUUGUUCUUGUACUUCUUCCCCAUAACGUACUUCCUCGUUCCCUACUUGUCCGUCGUACCCACCACCGACUCUGCUCCGCCGCCGGGACCGAAGGGGGGGCCGGCAAUCUGGUUCGCCAUCGUCGGGGUGCUCCUCUUCCAGGUCCUCGGCCGUACGUUCGCCCUGCCGGGACAGACUAUCCUCAUCAACAACUGCACACCCCACCCCAGCGUCCUGGGUACUAUCCACGGGCUGGGACAGAGCGUCAGCAGUGCGGCAAGAACAAUCGGCCCCAUACUGUGCGGGUAUCUCUACGGCCAGGGACUGGCGAACGGGAUUGUCGGGGCGGUAUGGUGGGGGUUAGCUGGCGUUGCGAUGCUCGGCGUGUUUGCGAGUUUGUUUGUUUGGGAGGGAGAUGGCCAUGAAAUCUGGCUGGAGGGGGACGACGAGGUUGAGGUAGAGGAAGGAAGGAGGUGA